AUGGCGAGCUGCAUAUGGAAGUAAUUUUGCUUUUGUCUCCCUAAAUAAACAAUGGAUAAUGUAAAAUAAAUGAGAUCAAAAUAAAUUUACAUGCUGAAUUCAAUUAACGGUGUUCAAGGACUGUUCCAGCAACUUCUUGAGGAGCGCGUUCCUUCUCUAGGUAACUUUUUAACUUUGGCCUCCACAAGUUUCGAUGACGCAACGAGCCAGUGACGUAACCAUAAGGCCACAAACUACAACAGAGGACACUCGUCUCCUAGCAACGACGGCGGUGUCUGGGGAGGGUCACGUCCUGAAGAAGUCAUGUGACCGAAAGAGGGGACUGAUGUCUCUCCCUGCUUUGUGUUUUUGCCAAGGUCAGAGUGGUCAGAUGGUACAUCACGUGGGGCUCCACUAACAGAGUGCAAAAGGACGUCUGGCACAUCAAUCUGAGGGUGCCUGGGGGUCUGGAAAGCCAGGAAUUGUCAGGGGACCUUGAUUCGAUUGGACAUGUCUGAUCUGUUGGGGAAUUCGUCAAAAAUCAGCUGAAGUCGAGGAACAUCACAGUAACAAGGGUGUCUACAAACCUGGAAAACCCGAAUUGUCGAGGAGCUUCGAUGUGACUGGAAAAGACCCCCGGGGACUGUCAGGGAAGUUUCCAAAAAGCAGCUGAAGUCAGGGAAAAUUGGAGAUCCAUUAAUGGCUGCAAGUGCGAGCUAUGUCUUGAUUGAGCUAGUGCCUCUGGACAGCAACUUCGUUUUGCUGCUGCAGGACAAUGGGAACAAGGAUGAAGUUAUAACGAACAACAUUCCAGAAACAAGAGCAGCCAUUGGACUUUGCCCCAACAAAGAGGGGCCUCCAGGCUUCUCCGAAUCAUGGCGUCCAAGCCAGGGCUCUUCGGGGCCUCAAUUCAUGGUGAUUUCAGGUAUCAACAAUCACCUAACAGACGCAAAGCUGCAGUCAAGUGAGCCGUCAGCCCUGCGGAAGCAAGGCGAAAUCCACCACAGCUGCGGCGGCGAGGGGCCGCCAUCUCGGGAGUCUGCCAUCGCAACGCGGAACGUCGUCGACCGUGCGGAACACGAGAUGUUCACGUGCAACGUGUGUUCCGCCUCUUUCCAUCUGAGCAGUCACCUGAAAGCCCACCAGGUCAUCCACAUCGGCAGGGAGGUGUUCACGUGCGGCGUCUGUUCCGCGUCCUUCACAAAGCAGCGCUUCCUGACGAGGCACCUGAAGACGUACGCCGGGGGACUGUGCGCGCCGCAACCCCCUCCCGCCGCAGUGGACUCCGCGGCGGGAGCCCCGGCGCGCGUCGAGGAGAGGCCGCACCGGUGCGACGUCUGCCCCGCCGCCUUCACUCAGCUGAGGCAGCUGAAAGUGCACAGGCUCAUACACACGGGGGAGAAGCAGCACGAGUGCGAGUACUGCCCCGCGUCCUUCCUGAAGCUCUCCAGUCUCAAGUGCCACGUGCGGACGCACACCGGCGAGAAGCCGUACGAGUGCCGGCUGUGCCCGGCCCAGUUUGCAGAGCCGGGGAAGCUGGGGCGCCACAUGCGGACGCACACCGGGGAGAAGCCGCACAAGUGCCCGCAUUGCCCGGACGCUUUCGUGCAGAAGGGCAACCUCAAGAUCCACAUGAAGACCCACAUACAGACGCUGAAGCUGAAGACGGGACAGUGAAGCCUAGCACGCUAUGUGAUGUGAUGUCAUGCAGGUGUGGACACUUCUGUGCCGACUCUCAAAACGUUACACAGUGUUCAGUGUUUGUACAAGCAGCACAAAACAUACAAAACAGACGUGUAAAGAAAAGACACAGUGCAUCUGCCGCACUCAUAACCAGUGAAACGUUUAUUGGACCUGCAGCUUGUUUUAAAAUGAAGCAAGGUUAUCUGGUUACUUAAAUGCUCCGUGUUGGCCUAUGUCAGACAGUCUUGUUUGACUGGAAGCAGUCUGAUUGAUAGUACGCCAGUGCAUUGCUGAUCUCUUCCAUUUACAGUGCUGGAGAAAAGUUUACGGAACACGCUUUGACGCAUUCCUUCCUCAGAGUGACAGUCUACAGCGAAUCUGACCGUACGGAGUUACUUGCACAAUUUUGCGCACUUUUUUUUUACCAAAGAAUGCUGCAAAGUUUGGGGGUGCACAAAUUACAUGAGGCAUUAACAAGACGGCUUGAAAAACAUGUGCCCAAUCUGUUUUAAAGAUUGCCCUUCAGGUGACUAGUACCUUUAUUACUCGAUGACUUUAUGAUCCGUCCUCACUGCACACGCAAUAAAGCAUGUGAUUCUCAUUCACUUGAAACUGCCGUGCUACUGCCCUGUUGCCCUCUUCCUGUGCAAGUUCUGUGACCCGCAACUUGAACUUGCCCGUAUAAUUGUCAUGGCCCAUUCUGGUUACAGAACUUCGAAGGAAUCUGCCAGUGACACGUUGUGCAACUGAGUACAGUCCGAAUGACAAACAGUAACCAUGUGACCAAGUCAUCAAGUGAUCUCCAAAACCUGUAGUUGCCGUGAUGACUAAUACAGCAGCGCUGUCAUUGGCCGUGGAGUUUACACAUGCAAGGGGUGUGGCGAACAGGGCCAGGAACAGGGGUCGCGGGACAACGCGAUGAUGUCGCGCACAAACUUAGAAGUGUGCAAAUUACGCCGAUUUUUAUUUUCAAAAACUUGUAGAGCUGAGCGAAUAGCAAAAUUUCCAGUGCGAAUCGAAUACGAAUGUUUUUGACACAGUGCGAAUACAUUUAGAAUAUUUAUUUGCAUGUGCGAAUCGAAUUCGAAUAUUUACUGGUGGCAGUUCGAAUAUAUUUCGAAUAGCAAAUUUUUGUUACAAGUGUGACCAGCAGUGGAUUGCUACUACGUAGGCGUGGUUUUUCCGUCUGAAUAAUAUUCAAAGAAAGGCUCCCCUAUCCCAGGCAUCCAAACGUGCGUUAUGUUGCUGGAAUGAAUUGCUUUAAGUGGCAUGGUGCUGCAGUGCACACCCCUAGUUUCAAAACUUCCUUUGACAAGCAAAACUACUCGUACAAAUGUGUCCCUGUGUUACUGAAGACAGUUUUGGGGUCUGCUACCACGUUUAUUGAGGAUUGCAACAUACAUUAUAUGCUGGUAGCUACAAUAGCAUAGUAAUGGAUAUAUGUAGUCACUUGUAUGUUGGAGCUCUGUACCUACAGACGUAGGUAGGAACGCACUUGAGCAUUACAAAUUAUCAUGCAGAGAAGCUAGCUGCUGGACAUGUUGUGGACUGAGUGAAGUUCUUCGAGAAUGAACAAUGUUUCCAGACAGCGAGAACAGACGCUCACUUGAUGCAGAUGUGGCCGGCACUGCUAAAUAUUUAGUUGCCAGUUGUGCUAGUUAUGGGUACCUGUGCUGACCGGUCCUGUACCACCAUUCGCAAGGGUUCUCAUCACGGUGGAGGGGCUUCUUGCUUGUGUAGUUUGCCACCUCAGUAUGUGGAUCAAGUUCUGUGUCCUCUUGAUGUCUUACAAGGACAUCAAAGCUGUGCCAGAAAGAUGUGCUCUUCACUGGAGAGCCUUGGCUUUGGGGCAGUAGUGUUGAAGUGGGCCCUUUCAAAUUUCCCAGCUCGCUCAUUACCAAGUUCCGUAACCACAUCUCCAUGGCAUGGUCUUCCUUGUAUAUAUAACAGACCUGUACCUUGGGUCUACAAACAUAGCCGUGCUAGCAGUCUCGUCCAGUUGGUAAUCCGGAAAUCGUGUCUUGAGACUUUUGAUUAGGUUUUGAGGAAAUGCAGAUUUUUCCUUUUCGGCAACACAUUUUGGGUGUGCAAAAAUGCGAUACAAGAUAGGUAUCUGAGAGGACAAGGUAGGAUACAGGUUACCUUCAACAGUUCUUGUAGCCUCGGCUAAGGGUUCAAGGGCAUCAACAUACCCUUUCACAUGCUUCCACUCUGAGUUUGAGAGUUCAUUCAUUGGCAUAUCAUGGGAAGCAAAGUCAACACUUAUUGCUGCUCUAAGCUCACGCAGACGGUGAAGCAUUAGGUACUCUCUGCUCCAUCUUGUUUCCACAUCUUGCUUUAAAUGCAGUCGCACACUGCUAUUUUGUUUUUGAUAGUCAUCUAAUCGUGCCUGGGCCUGUGUACUAUGCUUGUAGUGGCCCACUAUAGACCUUGCUUUCUUGCAGAUCUCAAAUCCUACCGUGCUUUGCUUUGCAUCACUGAUCACUAGCUGCAGGCUGUGUGCCAUGCAUGACCUUUCAUGCCAGGUCAGAAGAAAAGACAGACACACAAAGCCUUAAGUGCCUAAGAACAAUGAAAGGAACAAAUUCGUGUGUUCGUCCUUUCUUCUGUGUUCCAGCCUCAGAACACCGAUUUCCGUCGUGUUAAAUGGAUGUCGCCCGCAUCCUUGGUAGAGUCCUGGACCAGUAAUCCAGAAGAUGUGGGUUCGAAUCCUGCAGUUGGCCAACCUUUUCAGUGACUCCUUCUUUUCUUCGUUCAAAGUAUUUAAGUUAAGUUACUGAGUACCGAGUGAAUAAAGUAACUGAGUCGAAUACCAAAUGCCCAGUCUUGAAAAGUAUUUAAAUGCAUAUAGACAGAGUAUUAAAUACUCUUAAAGGUACUUGUUACGUUCAAGAUACUUUGAUGUCAGAGCUGGAAUUCACGAUCCAAAAAAUAUGGAGAGCGUGAAGUUCAAAAUGACACCACCAAAAAGCUUUAUUACGUCGCGGGAACGAUGGCCUUUCAAAAUUACGAGCCAAUAAAUACCCCGACCCAUAUUUUUUUUAGACACGUUAACUCCAAUGCUGAGCAGGAGCUCCACAGAUGCGAACAAAUGCUCUACAGGAACAACAGAAUUUACAGUGUUUUUUUUCUUCUUAUUGUUGCUUUAAAGGAGCAUUUAAGUGGUAUGCAACAUUGGCGAAAACUGUUACCAUCUUAUAAAGCAGUGUAUGAAAAUAAUAAAUAUUUCAAAUAUUUC